AUGGCAGUAGCUCACGGUUCAACGGCUUCAAGCGUGUUGGGGAAAAGUUUUGAUGCUGGCCAUAAGCAACAGACCUUCACCGAGGCAGGAUGGAUGUCGUCGUUAGAUAGCCUCAUCAAUAAGGCAACGGAUGCCACGCUGACACAGGACAAUUGGCAGUACAACCUCGAUGUGUGUGAUAAGAUCCUCGAGGACCCAGAACAGUACUGUUCCAAAGCCAUUGAUGCCCUCCGGUAUAAGCUGUCGUUGAAAGAUGGGAACGUGUUGUUACGUAGCUUGACGCUGCUGGUUGCCAUUGCAGAGAACUGCGGUUCUCGAGCUCAACAGCUCAUUGCUACGAAAUCGUUUAUGCAGCUGCUGCUCUCCAAGAUGAGGGAUCCACAGACGCACCGAGAGAUAAAGACCAAGAUCACCACUGUGUUGGCGCAGCUGGACGAUUCUUUCCACAGGGAUCCUUCGUUGAAGCCGGUUAGCGAGGCGUACCGUGAGGUGAAGUUGAGUUUCCCACAGUACCUGGCGCCGACUAAGCCACAGAAGUUUGAAUUGAAAGAUGAAGAUGCUGAUUUGAGAACAGCUAUUGAACUAUCGCUUAGGGAGUCUCAGAGGCAACAGCCACUUCCAGAGAUACCUCAAGUGGAGGCUCAGCCGCAGGUUCAACCACAGGCUCAACCACAGGCUCCAGCUCAACCACAGGCUCCAGCUCAAGUUCAGCAACCUCAACGUACGUUCUCAAGGGUCCGUGCCUUGUACGACUCAUUCUCAAACGACCCUGCUGAUUUGAAAUUCCACAAGGGCGAUGUAAUAACGGUGAUCGAAAGGGUGUAUAAAGACUGGGGGAAAGGCUCAUUACGGGGCGUCAUCGGGUUAUUCCCCUUCAACUACGUUACUCCAUUGUACGACCCUACUCCUGAAGAGUUAAUGCAAGAACAACUGAAGGAACAAGAAAUCCUCUCACGCAGUGCUGAUGUUGAGAAGCUACUGGUCUUGCUCACAAGAGCGUCUAACGACGAAGAGUCGCUGGCAUUGACACAGAGUGAGGAGUUCAAGACUCUAUACCAAAGAGUUGUUUUGAUCAAACCUGAAUUGGCAACGUUGAUUGAUAAGUAUCGCCAGAGAAAAGAUGAUUUGAUGGAUCUUUAUGGUAAGCUGAAGACUGCCACAAUCUCCUAUGAGGAGAUGACAGACCCUAUAAAGCAACAGCAGUACCAUUAUACCCAGCAGUACCAGCAACAACAGGUGCAACAGCAGCAAACCGGUUAUCAACCACAACAGGUGCAACAACAACAAACUGGAUAUCCACAACAACAGGUGCAACUGCAACAAACCGGGUAUCCACAGCAGCAACAAACCGGACAGCAGCAGGUACCAUCACAGGCCACGGGGAAUUACCAACAGCCUCUAAACUACCAGCAAGCUCCAUAUCCACGUUAA